CAGAAUUUUAUAGUUUAGAAAUAAGUAUUAAUUAGGUUUUCUGUAGUUUAUGUUCUUAUUUGUAACAUCUUUCUCGUAAUUGAUUUUUAAACUAAGUGUUUGAAGUCCAAGGUACGAUUUAAAUUGCAAAUUUGUGCAAUAUUUCUUCAAAUAAAAUUUUCAGAAUGAAUGCCUUGCGCCUAUUUACUCGAAAUGGCAGACAAUUUCUACCUAAUGUCAGACCUAUGUCUGCUAAAGCAGGCCCCCUUGUGGACUUAUCAGUUGAUAAUGAAGGCAUAGCAACACUUACAAUGCAACGGCUUCCUGUAAAUAGCCUUAAUCUAGAACUUAUUCAGGAAAUUGACAAAGGCCUAGAUGAAGUAGCUAAUAAUAAGGCAAGAGGAGUUAUCUUGACCUCGGCAUCAUCAUCAGUAUUUUCAGCUGGCCUAGAUAUUAUGGAAAUGUACAAACCUGAUAGGAAAAGGGUGGAGCAGUUCUGGACAUCUCUCCAAGGUUUAUGGUUGAAAUUGUUUGGCUCCAAAUUCAUUACAGCUGCAGCCAUAAAUGGUCAUGCUCCCGCCGGUGGUUGCCUCCUAGCUAUGUCAUGUGAAUACAGAGUUAUGGUGAAUGGUAAAUUUACAACAGGACUGAACGAAACCGCUCUGGGAAUUGUCGCACCCAGGUGGUUCAUGGACACAAUGUGUAAUACAAUAUCAAAAAGGGACGCCGAGAUUGCUCUCACAACUGCCAAAAUGUUCACUGUUGAUGAAGCAAUAAAGGUGGGUUUAAUUGAUGAGACAGCUACUGACAAAGCAGACAGCAUAGAGAAGUGCAAGCAAUUUAUAAACAGGUUCAAUAGGAUCCCUCCAUUAGCGCGAGCUUUUACCAAACAGAAGAUAAGAGGGGAUGCUCUCGCAUGGCUGCAAAAGAAUAGGCAGGCAGACCUCGAGGAAUUCCUCACAUUUGUCACCAGCCCUAAAGUACAACAGUCGCUAGAAGUUUACCUGGAACUGUUGAAACAAAAGUCUGCAAAGAAAUAAUGAUUCAAAAGUAACCAUUUUCCUACAUUUCCUAUUUUGUAGAACAGUAGGAAUUGGCCUGAAAUUACUAUCAUUAGUGGACUUCUGUUUAUGUCUCAAUUUUACUUCCCUCCGCAUUCUUUUCACUUGUAUGUGUAUAGUGUUAAAUUGGUAAUCUAUUUUAGGCAUACUAUGUAUCAUAUUUUGAAAUUGUUAUUUUUUAUUAUUGUUGAACGAUAUUA